CUUAGCGCUCCAUUUGGCCUCAUGUCUCUGCCUCGUACGGGAUACAGCAUCGCAUUAUUGAAUUGAUCCUUCCGCACACCGAUCUUCUGUAUAUCAGGACUCCCUACAAGGGAGACAAACAUUAAACCAUCAUCACACAUCAUCUAUCCGCACAGCCUUCUGACCAAACUCUGCGCUAUACACACUCUCGAUCAUGCGCUGGCUCCAGACCGAACCAGGCCAACCCGCCAUCGAAGCCUUGCAACUUGACAUUGUAGGUUUCCUCGCCAUCUUGGGAGAAGGUUCCGUCCUUGCAAACGCCCAAGUGUCGACCCUUUCGAGAUGGAUCUUUCUACCCCGUCUCAUACCAGCACCUCAAGCCCUGAUGCGGCCUACGAGGCCGACUAAACUCGAACCUGCUUCGGGCAACGUCGCGGGCGUGUAUUCGGGAAACUCUCGAGAUUCCAUCAACCACAUUGCGAACAUUGUAUGCGACGCCAACAACCUCCCGGAGCACUCCGUCCGCGUCGUCUCCAUCAACCGCAUCAACAAAGAGAAGAAUCUCAAGGCGCGCACCCUCGCACCCCUAACCUUCGUCCUCUUCCUCGGCUUCUUCCUCUCCUGUCUCCUCCUGGGCCUCUCAAUCUGGCUUGACGACGGCAUGUCCCUCGUCUCGACCUGCCUCCUCUCCUCUCUCUCCACCCUCAUCGGCAUCGGCAACAAAUGGACGCUCCAGCUCCCGAAACGGGGGGACCCCUCGGGAAAAGUCCCCCGCGGCGACGUCGUCGUCCGCUAUCCCAAAGGCAACUUCCUCGUCGUUCGGUGCGACGAACAAGUCGCGCGCGAACUCUACUUCGCACCCGAGAACAUCACCUACCUCCUCCAGCACGGCCCGGCCUACCGCCUCCUCUCGCUCGUCGGCACCGUGAUGCUCAUGGGCGGCGUCAUCUGCCUCGCGAACGCGCAGAUCCAGCUGCAGAUCGCGUGGGCCGGGUCGUACAUGCUUCUCGGGUCCGCGUACUGGAUCGUCGCUGCGCUGCCCGGGAAACUGCAUUGGGACUAUUCGUGCUACGAGGUCGUGCAUGAGGCGCUGUCGGACUCGACGGUGGGGAAGAAGGGGUAUCCGAGCGAGAGUAAGACGUUUACGAAGGCGCUUUGGCAUGCGAUCGCGGUGACGAAGAAGACGGAUUGGGUGUUGAGGAGUAAUGCGUGUCCGAACACGGAGGCAUGGCUGGAGUGGCUGCAGGAGGCGAAGGCGGUGAGUGAGGAUGUGAGGGAGGCGGAUAAGGAGGCGGUGCCGGGGGUGCAGACGUGGGAGAUCCCGAAGGGGUGGGAUCCGCAGGAGAAUUUGAAUAGGAUUUUGGCGUUCUAUGCGAAGAAGGAUCCGAAGAGUAUGAAUAAGAGUGUGGAGGAGGUUUGAGCGGGUUACGACUUGUUGUUGUUUGAUUGGCAUUUUUUGGAUCAUUUACUGGCGACGGGGAAAACCUGGGAGCAUUGGGAUGUUGGAUACCGUCCCGCCAUAUUAACGACUUCUUUCUAUACUAACGAAGACAUCUAACGACC